CUCAAAAAGCAAAAACAAAUCAGCUGCAAUCAGUGGCAGUGCAAGAGUGGCAAAUUUGCGGGUGAAAAAUCGUUUUUUCGGUGCAAUUUUCGUCCCGGAUCGCGUCCAAACCGUGUGCAAUAGCUAACCCGGGCCGCCGGGAGUGUUUUCCGCUAGUUUGUCCCGCCGGAAGCGGUCGAUUCGGGGGCGAAAAGGGGCUUUUUAGUUUGUGGAUUUUUUUUCUUUCGCGAAGAAAGAGAGUGUCGUCGUCGUUUUUUUCGUUUGACAGGAGCGAGAAAGAAGAAAGUAAAAACUUGUUGUCAACGUCCUUGCGGGGGCGGAAAGUGGCAUCAAAACAAAAACAAACCGAGUUUGAUCGCGUGCGGGAUGAUGUUGAUGUUCGAGUUUUGAGUUGUUUUUUAAAGAAAUUUAAAUUAAAAGAGACUGCAAGAUGUUUGGUCGCACGGAAACGAAAAAGGACAGCUUCCUGGAGCAAACGAAGGCGGCCCGGGAGGAACGGGAGCGGGAACGCGCCCAGGAGGAGCAGCGAGACCGGUCUAUUGUUUUGAUGCAGAAAACGGUCCGCGGAUGGCUGGCGCGGACCAAGUUUCAGCGGAUGAUACUCAACGACUUCGACACCCUUCUUCCCCCAGUCACGAAUCCCUCGAAGGACAUCGAACUCAAAUCCGCGCUUCAAAUCUACCACGCCGCGUCGCACUUUCUGCUCCAGUGGAAGGACCGGGAUUCUUCGGAUUGCUCCGCCAACCAGGACCGGCUGGAGCGUCUCUGUCGCUAUCUGAUCGCCAGCCUCGAGUCGGACUCGCCCAAGACCAGCUACAUCGGGGUGGCGUUGAACAAGGAGCACAGUCUGGCCUGGAUCCGGCACAUCAAGAAGCUGCUCUACCGGUGCUGUACGGCGGUUGAGCGGCUGAGGCCGGAGUCCCACACGGACAGUAUUUCGUUGGCGCUUUAUUUGCACACUCUGGUGGCAUUCACGUCGACGAGCAGUUGGGUGUUGUUGAGGAACAAGUCGCUGGUCGGGCUGAAGGCCGGCAUGUUGCAGCUUUGUAGCAAUAUCAUGGGCGAGUUGGUGCAGAAGGGCUUCUACUUGACGCUGCGGAACGUGCUGGUCAAGGGAACCUGCCGGACGGUCAUCACCCUGAAGCCAAUUUCCCUAACCGCGAUCAUGACGCUGGCGAUUCGCCCACUAAUCGGAAGCAACUUCAGCGACAACCUCAUGUCCCAAUUCCUGGUGCAGAUCCUGUCCGUCCCCGGAAUCACCUUCCAGCUCGAGCAGUUCACCCAAGAGUGCCUCCACAGCCUCGCCACCCACCACAUCCUGGAGAAAACCCUCGACCUCCUGAGCGUCGAUUCCUCCAUGAAGUACGUCAUCAACACCCUUCAAAACAGCAACCUUCUCUCCCUCCUCGCAAACCUCGUCCACCUCUACUACCUUGAACCCCCGGAAAACGCCGCCAAACUCGCCUACCCAACGUUCACCUUCGUCGUCACCCAACUCCUGAACGGCAUCCUCACCAGCGUCGGCCAAUCCGGCGGUGCCUUCUCCCAGUGGCACGAACUGCUCGGCUGGUUCACCCCCGGCAAGGAGCGUCUCCAGAACGAAAACCUCCCCCUCAUCAAGAAGCAAAUUCACCUGCUGUGGAACCACCGCCUAGUUAAACUCCUCCUCGGAGACAAUCUCAAACAACUCUCAGUCGGAUACGAAACCAUCGAGUACACGAUCCCCAGCGGAAACAGCACCGGGAAUCUGCUGAAGCGGGCGCUCACCUUUGAGAGGAGUGGGGGAGGUGGCGGGUUGGGAACUGGACUGGGAGGGGACGGUGGCGGGAAGAAGAGCAAUCGGUCCGCGUGUAGGAAGAUUGGAUCGGCGGAGGUCUCGCGGGUGGCGCUGACCUGUGCGAUGUACCAUGGUGCGUUGAACGCGCUGUCGCAGUUGCGACUGGAUAUUUUGUCGGGCCUCUGCUACAACGACACCGUGCUGCACGACCUGUGGCUGCUGCUCGGCUCGCUCGGCACCUCCUGCGGCCUCAAGGGCUUCAUCGAGCUGCUCGCCGUCAACAACCAGCAGUCCUGCUACGAACCCCCACUCCUAAUGCUGUCGUUGUUCUGCGACUGCAUGACCCACUACGUCACCAUUCUGGACGACCUGGAGAUGUACGAGCAGCAGACGCCGUUCACGCUCAACGAUUACAUCGCGCUGUCCCACUUCCUGAACACAUUCCUGACGCGCACGAUCCAGGACCAGAUCUUCGACAUCAAGACGGUGACGAGUGCGCCGCUGUUUGUGUCGAUGCACACGCUGCUGCUGUGUCUGUACCGGCGGGACUGCCGCAGGUCGUUUGCUCCGGUGAACCAUUGGCUGGUGCGGGACAUUCGGCCGUCGCACUUUUUGACGGAUUUGGAGAAGGGCAAGAAGCACACGCAGAUCUUGCUGCAGAAGAUGCCGCACAUCAUCCCGCACGAGGAUCGCGUGCAGCUGUUCCGGAAGUUUGUCCAGAACGAGAAGGCGGUGCUGGGGUUGACCGAGUCGGCGUGUGCUUCGCCGAGUUCGGCACUGGUCACCGUUCACCGGGAUCGGAUCGUCGAAGAUGGCUACCGGCAGUUGGCGGCGUUGCCUCCGCACGCCCUCAAGGGCGUCAUCCGGGUGCGGUUCGUCAACCAGCAGGGACUGGACGAGGCCGGAAUCGAUCAGGACGGCGUGUUCAAAGAGUUCCUCGAGGAAACCAUCAAGCGAGUGUUCGACCCAUCGCUCAACCUGUUCAAAACUACAACCGAACAGCGACUCUAUCCCUCGCCAACGUCUCACAUGCAGGAGAACCAUCUCCAGCUGUUCGAGUUCGUUGGCCGUAUGCUGGGCAAAGCCGUCUACGAAGGCAUCGUCGUGGACGUCCCGUUCGCCUCUUUCUUCCUGUCCCAGGUCCUCGGUCAAACCCACCAGGCUCUGUACAGCUGCAUGGAUGAACUCCCCUCCCUAGAUAAGGAACUCUACCGCAGUCUGACCUUUAUCAAGCACUACCAGGGGGACGUGGCCGAUCUGGACCUGACGUUCAGCGUGGACGAAGACGUGAUGGGGAAGAUUGUGACGCACGAGUUGUACCAGGGUGGGAGGUCGCGCGGGGUUAACAAUGAUAACAAAAUCAACUACAUCCACUACAUGGCGUACUUCCGGAUGCACACGCAAAUACGGGACCAGACGGUAGCGUUUAUCCGCGGGUUCCGGAGCAUCGUCAACCCGGACUGGUUGGCGCUGUUUUCGACGCCGGAGCUCCAACGCCUCAUCUCCGGCGACACCGCCCCGCUGGACCUGAAGGACCUGCGCAAGCACACCCAGUACUACGGCGGCUUCCACGACGGGCACCGCGUCGUCAGCUGGCUGUGGGACAUCCUGGCCAAAGACUUCACCGAGGAGGAGAAGAAGCUGUUUUUGAAGUUUGUGACGAGCUGCUCGAAGCCGCCGCUGCUAGGCUUUGCCCACCUGGAGCCGCCCUUUUCGAUUCGCUGCGUCGAGGUCGGGGACGACGAGGACAUUGGGGACACGGUGGGGUCCGUCAUCCGCGGGUUCUUCACUAUCCGCAAGAAGGACCCGCUGAACCGGCUGCCGACCUCGUCGACCUGCUUCAACCUGCUGAAGCUGCCCAACUACCAGAAGAAGAGCAUGCUCCGGGACAAGCUGCGCUACGCCAUCUCCAGCAACACCGGCUUCGAGCUGUCGUAAAGGAGCCGUACUAGAUUUUACAAAUUUGAGGUUAUUUUUUAUUAUUUUUCGUUGUUGAUGUAAUUGUAACCGAAGAGAUGUUAUUUUUAUACUUUCUAUAUUUAACCGAACAAGAUGUAAAGUGUGUGCGUGUUUGUGUGCGUUUUUUGACGAAAUCGAAAACCUUGAAGAGAAGAAAAAAAAUGAGCUGGAAAAUGAAGUGUAAAACUGUGAUAAUAAGUGUAAUAAUUUCAGCGCUGGAUCGAAGGAAAAUACAGAAUAGCGAAAACAGAAAGAAAAAGUUUGAAAUGAAAUUAUUUUUGCAACAAAAAAAAAUCGAGCAAAACAAACAAUAUCAAUUUAUCAACAUAUGAGUUUGAAGCGUAUCGAAAAAAAAACUCGUAGAAAUAUAUUUGUAAUAUUCAGUGUUUUGUGUAAUCAACCAGUACUACGUUGAAAGGGAGCAAGAAAAAUAAGGAAUUUACGCUUCCCGCCCCAGUUGAGAUUCCUCUGCAAACGUCGACGUGCUGGGCUUUGAUGUAAGUGUUAUGUACAUUAGUAAACAUGAAAGGAAGGAAAAAAAAUAUCGUCGUGAAAUCACGUAGAAAGUGCAACCGACUUUAAUGUGGAGCAAACAAAAAAUAAUUGAGGCGAAAUAAACGAACCAGCUGAGCAAAGUAUUAUUCGUA